UUGUUUCACAAGUUCAAUAAAAUAAAGAUUGAUUGUGGAUGUUGAAGAAUGGCCCCCAGGAAGAUAGAGCACAUUGAUUCUCUGUUAAAGACAUGGAAAUGGGUUCUAACAUACCAGUAGUGCCCGUAGCUUGAUGAUCCUUCAAGAAAUAUGAUUAGCUCUGUGCACAGGCUCUCUGAAAUAAAUGUUUUAGGUGUAUAUAUGCUACUAUAGAUCCAGCAAGUAUUUCUCAUGUAUUGGUGUCAUGGUUCACACUUUAGGAAGGGUUUUCCCCUACCUAAGAACAAGAAGCUGAGGAUGGAAUCAUUACUUCUGAUGGAGUCAUUAAAGCUUCUGUUUGUGAUGCUGUCUGUAGUGCAAAUAUUGUAUUCCAUCUGAAUUGGAUAAUUACCAAGUCUAAGACGGCUGAUGGGAGUCAAGUUACUGGACCUAAACCUUGAGAGUCAGUCCCCAAAAACGUGAUUCAUGCGAAAGGUCCAAUAUCAUUGACUAGUUGCCUUUUUUUUUCUUCCAUUAAUACCAAAUAGAAAUCUAGAGGAAGGGGAGAGAGAUAGAAGAGAGAGGAAUUAUAUGACAUUGAUAUUAUUACUUAAUUUAGUUAUGUCCAUAUUUGAGUUGCAUAACCUGUCUCUUUCCAUCCUUGCAUGGCACUACAUUGCUGUUGGGUUUUAUGAAUGUGAUAUUGGGGUCCUUAAUUGAUUAGCCAAAGUUGAUUUUUUGUGCUGAUGUAAAUUUGACACCUAUUGACAGGACUCAUAUAUUAUACCUUGUUUGGCUCUUAAUUAAGUUGCCAGAAUAACUGGAUUCCCAUUUGCACCAGCAGAGCCGCAGUAUAUUUUGUUCUGCUUGGGCUACCCUUUUUAAGGAAAGAAAGUUGCGGUAAUAUCCUAAAACUGAAUCGAUAUAUUGAGAAAUACUGUAUUUCCUUUAUGGUCUGUUUUCCUUGGCAAUUUCAAUGAAGAGUUAUCCUGUGAAAGUUGACAAAUUUCUGGAGUCUGAAAACAGAGAAAACAGGGCGGUAGAAUGGCUAGAAUUUGGUUUUUCAUCAAAAGAUCUCUACGGUGCAGAUCAGACUCAUCAGAUGCACAUGAUUCAAGGGGAAAGGGAAAUCUUUACAACAACCCUGUAUAUGAGCCGCACAGGUCAGGGUGUUCGAGAUCCUCAUCAAAUGUUGGAGAUGUUAUUCACGGAAGCAAGAGACGCACAGAGAAGCAACAACUUCACAGUCCAGUAUCUUUGGUUGGAUAGAAGUGGGGCUGCCAAGGAGGAUGGUGCGAGUUCCAUAAGUACUGUUAAGCCAGGGACACCGGGACCUGGAGGUCGCCAUACAGUUUCCCGAUCCAACUCUAGAAAGGUGACUGCUUAUUCGAGGAGAACUCAUGGUGGUUCUCCUGUUUUUGGUGGUGGAGGGGCUAGUACUCCUUCAAGGAGGAGGGGGACCCUUGAUGCUAAUUUUCAUGGCUCUUCAGGUUUAUUUUGUCAAAAAUGUGGUGAGAAAUUUAGAAAGCCAGACGCUGUUGAAGCACAUUUCUUCUCCAGUCAUGCAGUGACUGAACUCGCUGAAGGCGACUCAUCUAGGAGGGUAGUAGAAAUAAUCUGCAGAACAGGCUGGUCUAGAACUGAGAGCGGUGGUUGCCGGAUAGAGAGAAUUUUGAAGGUUCACAGUAUGCAAAGAACUCUUGCUCAAUUCGAAGAAUACAGAGAAUCAGUAAAAAUCAAAGCAUGCAAACUGCCUAGGAAACACCCUCGUUGUGUCGCUGAUGGUAAUGAGCUUUUAAGAUUUUAUGGUACAACUAUUGCAUGUUCUCUUGGCAAGAAUGGCUCCUCCUGCCUAUGCACAUCUGAAAAAUGCGGUGCAUGUCACAUUUUAAGGCAUGGGUUCUCCAUGAACAGUGAAAUCAAUGGCAGUGGUGGAAUUUUUACUACUUCCACUGGUGGAAGAGCUUUUGCAUCUAUUGAACUUGAUCAAGAAAAGAAGUCCCUGAGAAAGGCUCUGUUAGUAUGCAGAGUCAUCGCAGGGCGAGUCAGCCAAUCUUUGGAGAAAUUUCAAGAUGUGGCAGGUCAAUCCGGGCUCAAUUCAGUGGCACGGAAAGUUCGCCGUCACUCAAAUAUUGAGGAGCUAUUCUUGCUAAAUCCAAGAGCUCUGCUCCCUUGCUUUGUGAUAAUGUUUUAGACCCAGAAUUAAGGUAGGUGCUUCAAUUAAUGCUAGCUUGGAUUUUGUGACCUAUAUCAGCUCUUUACAUAGAUUAUUUGCAAAAAAAAAAAGGCAUGGUUUCAUUUCUAUCAUCUUCUACUUACAGAGUUUCUUGCUCCAGCAAAAGUUCUUUCUGGCAUAGAAUGCUAAUAUGAAUAGACCUGUGGAUGCUGUAGGCAUUUAUCACAGUCAUGGUUUCCUCUCCUUUAUUUUCCUUGCAUCAUCCUAUGUUUUCGAUUUUCAGGGGUCCCUUAAAUUUGGUUUUAACUGUUCAUGCUUGAAAUUGGAAAGAUUUCCCUGCCACAACUAGUAUGUCUUCUGCACUGAUAUUAUUGCCCUUCUCUCUGAGGCAACUUAGCAAUAAAAGAUGAUGAUGAGUUCCCUGCA